AUGGAAUCAUUUUUAAAUUGCUAAAACAAUUUAGAUUAAAAUCAAGAGUCAAUUUAUGAAUCCUAAGAAAAUUUAACUAUGUUUAUGUAACAAUCCUAAUUUAAAAACAUAGACUCAGAAGUUUCUGAAACAAUUCAAUUUAGUGAAGAAGAACAAGAAAUGGAGAAUCUCAUAAAUUCUUUUGAUAGUAUUACUAAAAAUAAUAUAAGCAAAAAUAUUAUAAAAGCUUUCUUUGCAUUUUUAACAGAUAAAAACAAUAUAAAUUCCAUCUUGGAGUUUGCAUACAAUGGAGGAUCAUUUACAUUAUAACAAGCUCUUAAAAAGAUUAAAAAUUUUAGUUAAAAGUAUAAUUACAACAAUAAUCAUCUUUAAAAAUUAAUUUUGCAUCCUUUAUAUGGAAAGAUUUUGGAGUUUUAUCUAACGUUUGAAGCUUAGUAAUGGCUGAAUGAAAGUAAAGUUUAAUAAAAAGAUAAGCACCUUAUUUAUAUAAAUUUUUUGAAAUUAUGUUGCGCUAAUACUUCAUACUUAAAAAAUCUUACUAAAUAUAAUAAACAUAGAAAAUUUAUGUUUAAUGAUAGAUCUUGA